GUAAAGAGACAGCGCCUAGAUAACCAAUUUAUUCUUUUUGCUUCUUUAAGAUUAUAAUGGGAGAUGCAAAAAUGCAGCAUUUCUUGGCCAAUCAGAAAUACAAAUGCGAGCAGUUUUUUAAUGAAGGUGCAUCCACGUUCGACGGCAUGAUGUCAGAAAUCGGCGAGAUCGGCUUAUCCAGCGAUAAUAUCACUCAAGAGAACCGAUUGAAAAAGGAUCACGGCAUCGUCGAAGGCAAUGGAACGGAGAUCCUUCAAUGUCCACCGUAUUUUGAUAAAAUACUCUGCUGGUCACGCACCGAAGCGUCGAAAACAGCGACCUUGCCUUGUCCACCAGCCUCGAUUAUGGCCUCGAUUAUGGGAUACACCGAUUUGGGGAAUGACAAUUUUAGAGCAAUGGCCAGCAAAGUCUGCUUGGCAAACGGCACGUGGUACCGAAACUCGCAGAACGUCUCCUGGAGCAAUUACAGUCUGUGUAUACUGAAUAGCAAGCGUUACAUGAUCGACGGUGCUAAGAAGUUGACUUAUUCACGAUGGUAUGAAAUCCCGCCCGCGGAAUCAUCACUGUUAAACAAAUGGUUGCCGAUCAUCAGGAUUGUAUCGCAAAUUGGAUACGCCACUUCCUUUAUUACUCUAAUCGUCGCCAUGGUGAUUUUCUCCUUACUCAGGAAACUCAGGAAUCCCAGAAAUAAAUUGCAUAUGCAUCUGUUUGCAUCUUUUAUCAUGAGAGCUUUCAUGGCACUUCUGAAAGAUUGGAUUUUCGUCGACAGCAUUGGAUUAGCCUGGGACGUUGUUUUUGCUGAUGGAAAAAAUACCUUUAUUAGGGAACGCAAUACUUGGGUCUGCAAGAUUAUCACGAGUCUGUGGCAAUACUUUAUCGUGGCGAAUUAUUCAUGGAUCUUGAUGGAAGGGUUGUAUCUACAUAACCUGGUCUUCUUGGCACUGUGUGCCGAUACCAGCACGAUAGCUUUGUAUAUCCUGCUAGGUUGGGGUCUUCCCAUCUUGGUAGUAGCACCGUGGAUUAUAGUACGCGCAACUGUGGAAGAUACUCUCUGUUGGACUACUCACGAAAAUCCGUCACUAUUUCUCAUCAUAAGAGUACCGAUUAUCAUAUCUAUUUUGCUCAAUUUUUUAUUAUUCCUCAAUAUUGUGCGCGUUUUGCUUGUGAAGCUGAAGACGUCGGUACAUUUGCAACGGAAAAAAAUGAAAUACAAGAGAUGGGCAAAGUCGACUCUAGUGCUAGUACCACUCUUUGGAAUACAUUACACUUUUUUCUUAGGAUUAUCCUAUCAUAAGGAUUAUCGAGUCGAACUCGUCUGGCUCUUUUGCGAUCAACUGUUCGCAUCCUUUCAGGGUGCUUUCGUAGCUUUGCUUUAUUGUCUGCUAAACGGUGAAGUACGAGCGGAAAUACGACGAGCUUGGAGGGCUCGACGUUUUAAAAGAGAGGUCGAUUCUUUCAUUUCUGGACAUCGAGAAUUACCGAAAAAUUCAAAGGACGGAAUCAAUCGAAAGCAGUAUUGAUUAAAGGCGAUGAGGUUAAAGGCGAUUAGAGCUUUAGAGAAGCUAUCAGUAAAAAAAAAAAUUAAAUAGACUUCUUCAGCUAUUUAUAU